CUAGAGUCACAAUACAGGGGCUCCGUAGAACAUUGGCAGGGCGGCCAGCAUAAUUAACACUGCACAGUCUAAUUAUAAACACAACUCUGUGGACAGUGGCUACCAUAGAAGAAAGCCUGUAUUGGAUAAACAAUCAAGCUGGCAGGAUUCUUAUUUGCUUCAGCUCCCCAGGAAUAUGAUUGAAAACAGCAUGUUUGAGGAAGAACCAGAUGUGGUAGAUUUAGCCAAAGAGCCCUGUUUACAUCCGCUAGAGCCUGAUGAGGUGGAGUAUGAGCCCCGGGGUUCAAGAUUGCUGGUGCGGGGUCUUGGCGAGCAUGAGAUGGAUGAGGACGAAGAGGAUUAUGAGUCGUCUGCGAAACUGCUGGGCAUGUCCUUCAUGAACAGAAGCUCAGGCCUUCGGAACAGUGCAACCGGCUAUAGGCCGAGCCCAGAUGGGCCUUGCUCUGUACCCUCUGCCAGGACCAUGGGGGUUUGUGUUUUCCUCAUUGUGGUUGCCGUUUCUAUAAUAAUGGUGAUUUAUCUUCUGCCCAGAUGUACCUUUACCAAAGAAGGCUGCCAUAAAAGAAACCAAUCCAUGGGAGUAAUUCAGCCACUUGCAACAAAUGGAAAGUUGUUUCCCUGGGCACAAGUCAGGCUUCCCACCACCAUUAUGCCACUACGCUAUGAACUUAAUCUACAUCCAAACCUAACCUCGAUGACAUGCAGGGGUUCUGUGACAAUUUCACUUCAGGCUCUUCAGGCCACAUGGAAUAUCAUUCUUCACAGUACAGGCCAUAAUAUUUCAAGAGUGACCUUUAUGUCAGCAGUUUCAAGUCAAGAAAAACAAGUUGAGAUCUUGGAAUACCCAUUUCACGAACAAAUUGCCAUCGUUGCCCCCGAGGCCCUUCUUGAAGGACACAAUUAUAGCUUGAAGAUAGAGUAUUCGGCGAAUAUAUCUAGUUCUUACUAUGGGUUUUAUGGAAUCUCCUACACAGAUGAAAGUAAUGAGAAAAAGUACUUUGCAGCAACUCAGUUUGAACCCCUGGCAGCAAGAUCUGCUUUUCCUUGUUUUGAUGAACCAGGAUUUAAAGCCACAUUUAUCAUCAGGAUCAUAAGGGAUGAGCAAUAUACUGCUUUAUCAAAUAUGCCUAAGAAUUCAUCAGUCAUCAUGGAAGAUGGACUUGUUCAGGAUGAGUUUUCUGAGAGUGUGAAAAUGAGCACUUACCUGGUUGCAUUCAUUGUUGGGGAGAUGAAGAACCUGAGUCAGGAUGUAAAUGGAACCCUGGUUUCUGUAUAUGCUGUACCAGAAAAGAUUGAUCAAGUUCAUCAUGCCUUGGAAACAACUGUGAAGCUUCUUGAAUUCUAUCAAAACUACUUUGAAAUUCAAUACCCACUUAAGAAAUUGGAUUUGGUGGCUAUUCCUGACUUUGAAGCAGGAGCAAUGGAAAAUUGGGGUUUGCUCACUUUCCGAGAAGAGACACUUCUGUAUGACAAUAACACUUCUUCUGUGGCAGACAGAAAACUGGUUACUAAAAUCAUUGCUCAUGAACUAUCCCAUCAGUGGUUUGGUAAUCUGGUAACAAUGAAGUGGUGGAAUGAUCUGUGGCUAAAUGAAGGGUUUGCUACUUUCAUGGAAUAUUUCUCUUUGGAAAAAAUAUUCAAAGAGCUCUCCAGUUAUGAAGAUUUCUUAGAUGCUCGAUUUAAAACCAUGAAGAAAGAUUCCUUGAAUUCAUCUCAUCCGAUAUCAUCAUCAUCUGUUGAGUCUUCAGAACAGAUUGAAGAAAUGUUUGAUUCUCUUUCCUAUUUUAAGGGAGCUUCCCUCUUGUUGAUGCUGAAAACUUUUCUUAGUGAAGAUGUGUUUCAACAUGCUGUUGUUUUUUAUCUGCAUAAUCAUAGCUAUGCCUCCAUUCAAAGUGAUGAUCUGUGGAAUAGUUUUAAUGAGGUCACAAACAAAACACUAGAUGUAAAGAAAAUGAUGAAAACAUGGACCCUGCAGAAAGGAUUUCCUUUAGUGACUGUUCAAAGAAAAGGAAAGGAACUUCAUGUACAACAAGAAAGAUACUUUUUAAAUAUGAAGCCUGAAAUGCAGCCUUCAGAUGCAAGCUAUCUCUGGCAUAUUCCACUAUCCUAUGUCACUGAGGGAAGAAAUUACUCAAAAUAUCCAUUGGUAUUUUUACUGGACAAAAAAUCAGGUGUCAUCAAUCUUACAGAAGAAGUGCAGUGGAUCAAAGUCAAUACAAACAUGAAUGGCUAUUAUAUUGUACACUAUGGGGAUGAUGACUGGGAAGCACUAAUCAAACAGCUGAAAACAAAUCCUUAUGUCCUAAGUGACAAAGACCGAGCCAACCUCAUCAACAACAUCUUUGAACUUGCAGGCCUAGGCAAGGUAUCUCUUCGAAGGGCCUUUGAUUUGAUUGAUUACCUUGGAAAUGAGACCUGUACUGCACCCAUCACUGAAGCCCUGUUCCAGACGGGCCUCAUCUAUAACCUCCUUGAAAAGCUGGGAUACAUGGAUCUGGCCUCAAGAGUAGUGACCAGGGUAUUUAAAUUACUUCGAACCCAAAUCCAACAGCAAACCUGGACUGAUGAAGGCACCCCAUCUGCCCGAGAGCUUCGAUCACUCUUGCUCGAAUUUGCUUGCACCCACAGCCUAGAGAACUGCAGCACUGCUGCCAUGAAGCUGUUUGAUGAUUGGAUGGCAUCCAAUGGAACUCAAAGCCUACCUACUGAUGUCAUGAGUACUGUGUUCAAGGUUGGAGCAAAAACUGAGAGAGGCUGGUCAUUCCUGUUAAGCAAAUAUGUCUCUGUAGACUCUGAAGCAGAGAAGAAUAAAAUACUUGAAGCUCUUGCCAGCUCAGAGGAUGUACGGAAACUUUACUGGUUAAUGAAAAAUAGCCUCAGUGGAGAUAUCAUCCGAACACAAAAGCUGUCAUUUAUCAUUAGAACAGCUGGCCAACAUUUUCCUGGACACUUGCUGGCAUGGGAUUUUGUCAAAGAGAACUGGGACAAGCUCGUGCAGAAGUUUCAUCUGGGGUCCUAUACCAUGCAAAGUAUUGUUGCUGGGUCAACGCACCUGUUUUCGACAAAGGCACAUUUGUCUGAGGUCCAGGCGUUCUUUGAAAAUCAGUCAGAGGCAACCUUUCGGCUUCGUUGUGUCCAGGAGGCUUUGGAAGUCAUUCAGUUGAACAUCCGAUGGAUGGAGAAGAACCUUAAAACUCUGACGCGGUGGCUGUAGCAUGCACAACUGCACCCCAUUUUGUUGCCCAUUCAGAGAGCUUAUUAACUUGGGCUCUGCUGCUUUUGCAAAAAGCCAAGGUGAAGCCAGAAUUGCUGCCGAGUUGUUUGCACUCUUAGGAGUUCUAGUUAGCUCAGGGCCCGUCUGUGUAGUUUUCAUCUGUCUUUUUCGAAUUGUCUUUGGGCAGUACAUAGUUAUUUAUUAUACAGAAUUAUAUUCACCUAUAUGCCAACACCUACAAAAACAAUAAUUUUUCUACUCUGAAGAUACACAAAUAGGGGAAGAAAUCUGUUGUUUUGGCAGUCUGUUCUCUUUGUUGGUAUCCAGAAAAUACUGACACAGUGAAACAAGGCAAGACUACCACGGGAGCCGUCAUCUUUGCAGGCUGCUGGUUUGUCAGCCAUUUGUUGCUUCUCACUGAUAGAUGUUACUUGAAUGUGGUACAAAACUUAGCUUCAAAAACUAUGGUAAUGAAGUCGAUGAAUCCUACAACUGUUAGAAAACUGAUCUCAGGUGUGCAGAUCUACUUUGGUUUGAGGUUUUGAUCAAUCCUUUAUUUUCUGAAACAAAGUUUAAAUAAGGUCUAUAACUAUUAUAUAUUUUUUUUUUCUGCAGAACAGCCAGGUGCUACAGAAUUUUUAAAUUUUUGUUGUACUGAAAAGCUAAGUAACAAGGACAAAAGAUUAAAUUUUCCAAAUAUUUAAUACUUAUUUUUUCAUCUUUUAGGAAAAUGUUUCAAACUGAGUUAGCUUCAGUUGAAAUUAUUUUAUUUAUGAAUUCCAGUACUCUCCAAAUCUGUACACCUUUGUCACUCCCUGCUAUAGCUAUUACCUUGUGUUAUAAAGGAAUAUGUGUACAUUUAUGGCAUUUAUGGCAAGCAUUUUGUUAAUACUGUUGUCUUUUAUCAUGACUUUAUCACUUUUACUAAAAAUACAAUUAGUUUAAGUUGCCUUUGACAUUGCCUGAUCAUAGACACUUUCUCUGAGAAUCAUAUUCAUGUGUAGAUUUUCAUGUUAUAUUAUAGCUUAUAUUAGAAGCACAUUUUAAAAUGGGGUCUUUGAGAAAUUGAGCAUUUUUAUUUAAAGUUCACCAUAGUACCUUAAAGGAAUAAAGAGAAUGUGGGAUAGGAA